ACUAGUCAGUAGUCAUAGAUAAAUGGGCUAUGUUUUACAAGUCUACAACAUGCGAUGAAUGCAUGACUGCACACAUUUCCUUCCAACUGUUGGCUGUAUUAAUGUACUUAGUGCACAUGACCACGUCUAUUCCUGCCCCAUGGCAAUUCCAUGUUUAUUUAGUCAUCCUUGUUUAUUGCUUUGCUGCUGAUUAUUGGGCAAAGAAGAGGCAUAUAAUUAUAGCAGAACGUCUGCAAGAGUAGUAUUUCAGAUUCUAAACCUUAUAUAGCUUAGUUCAAUCGUUUACGAUUUUUAUGAAUAAAAUCAGCUUGAAGGCAAAAUUUGAUGUACAAUAAGUGCAAUGAAUACGUCAGGUCAACAACACAUCAGAUGUAUAAUAGGCAGUUUAACGACUGAACGAACUUCUCUCUCUCUAAAAGUACAUACACAAAAACUGGCAAUGAAUGACUUAAAAAUGUUUUGGAAUUACAAACUGCAAAAUGCCGUAGGUAAACCUGUCCCUGGACAGCGCCCCCUGGUAGUCAUCUAUCGCCAAGUCAUCAGCAUUGAAGCCAAUCUAAAAUCGGGGCCGAAAUUUAGAAGAUGCCGCGGACAGUGUGUACCCUUACAGAAGUGCGCUCGGAUGUACCCUGUUAGAUUUCCUUUUCAUUCGUCAGGCGUUGCUAAGGCUUCACGAAAAUCAGGUGUAGAUGCAGGUUACUUAAUACAGCUGAUGAGUCUGUAAACCCGACUUCCUGGGAUAAGAUAUUUGUUUACAUCUGAAUUGUUUAUUGACAUUUGCUCUCACUUGACCACAUUUCUGUGAUCAGAGGCUAUUUUAGUUGAAUCCCGAAAUAUAACAGUUUUCGGACGAUCUUUAUUGAAUGAUCUGUAUGAUGUUUGAAAUCUUCCUUGCCAGUCUUCAGGUAAACUGCUUUCGACUCGACCUGUUACAGCCGCCCCCCGUGUCUCUGUCACACACUCAUCACUUAUUGACUUUAUGACAUAUUGAACAAUAGUCCAGCGUGGUGCCCCCAUUCCCCAUUAGGUGUAUUUUCUCUGUGUUUUGUUUAACGACGGAGAACAUGGAUGCCUGACCGUAUAGAAGAGUGUAACUACAUUGUGACAGAGUCCCCCCGCCGUCUGACUCAGGAAAGUGUGGACGGAAGGGGAGAUCUAAGUUUGUUCCGGCAUUCGCUCCUUUCAGGGCCCCCCCUCCCCAUAAGUCAGAGACGGGUGGUCAGAGGGGGGAAGAUGUAGGCAUGUUCUGGCAUUCGUCCCUCUCAUGGCCUUUACGCGGGCUGCCUGUGAGCCUUACUAUGUUAAAAGUGAAAACUGUGAGGGUUGGACUUUAUGUGACAGCAGUCCCUUCCUCCUAGGCAAUCCAUCAACUAGACGUCAGUGACACAUCUAGGGCUCUACCCCUGCCCUCUUAGUUUUAUCCCUUACUGGCGUAUUUAGGAGCCAGGAACAGACACACGAUUCAAAUAAUUGCUAGCUGUGAGGAGAAAACAACUUUCUUAAACUGUUGCAAUUUACUGUAGGGGACACGCGUUUGCAUUAAAGAAUACGUCAGUAUUUCUUAAUUCUAUGCAUCCCUAGUUUUAAGGAAAAGUUUUUAAAAGUCCUGCUUCCUGACAGGGUUUUGUGAGAAGUAGCGGAAAGGAUGCUGAUCCCUGCGGAAAACAGAUCUCAGAGGGCCCUCAUCCUAUACCUGUUGCACAUAAUUGUCGAGGUGCAUUGCUCUUGGAAUGCCGGUUUUCAGCACAAAUACACACCUGGAAGCAGAGAUCAGCUGGCGAACCUGCAGAGGCAGGCGCAGAGAAGAAAUUUUUGUCCAUACUCUGUAACCAAAACAGUGUCCUGCCAGAUCCAGAAUGGAACCUACCUGCAAAGGGUCUAUCAGACGUGUCGAUGGCCUAUGAGCUGCUCUGGAGGAAGGUAUGAGAUGGUGGUGAUGCCUACAUACAAAAUAGCAUACAGGACAGUUACUGCUUUGGAAUGGAAGUGCUGUCCAGGAUAUGUGGGAACUAACUGUGAAGAAGUAUCAGAGGCAUAUUCAGAAGUUCAGAGCCAUGCUCCACAUACCUCUCAGUCGAACAAACAUACUUCUCGGUCACACAGACUAACUCUAAAACCAGAAUCUUUUUCAGUAUCAGAGGCAUAUUCAGAAGGUCAGAGACAUGCUCCACAUACCUCUCAGUCGAACAAACAUACUUCUCAGUCACACAGACUACCUCUGAAACCAGAAUCUUUUUCAGGUUGCCAGAACUGCAGUAAAGUGCCAGAGCUGAUGAAUCGACUGAGAUCCCUUGAAGCUAAGGUGCUGCUACUUUCAAGUCCACACACAGCCAUCAACAACUUGCAGUCCCUCAGCCAUCUGAUUAAAAGUGGAGUAGAAACACAAAAUUCUUCAAGCCUGUGGGGUUCUCCACCUGCUUUGGGAAGCCCUGGGGACCAACAUCCAAAAGGAACAAAAGAAUGUUAUGGUCCUCCUUGCAAAAAAGGAUAUCUGGGUCUUCCUGGCCCCUCAGGUCCUAGAGGUCCUCCAGGGCCUCCAGGAUUACCAGGGCCACCUGGACAUGAGGGAAAGGAUGGAAUGCCUGGAGAAAGAGGCCCCCCUGGACCGUCAGGCCCACCUGGACCUCCUGCUCCUUCAGGACCUCCAUUAUCACAUGCGUUAAAUAAUAGUGACCCAGUCUUGUCUAAUACCUUCCUGGAAUCAUCAACAACUGGAAUUCAGGGACCACCUGGAGUACCAGGACCAAAAGGCCCUCCAGGACUUCCAGGUGUGAUGGGACCACGUGGGCCUCCUGGAGAAAAAGGUUCACCUGGCAAACCUGGGUUACCUGGACCUGUCGGUCCUCAAGGAGAGAAAGGGGAAAAGGGUCCUGCAGGAUUUCCCGGCGAGACAGGCAUCAAAGGAGAGCGGGGUAUGCCAGGACCAAAGGGAGACCCUGGGGACAAGGGUCCACCGGCUGUCAGCUUGCAGAAAUAUGAAGAACUGCAAGCUGAGUUCGAACUUCUGGCUAGAAGGGUGACUUUACUGGAAGCCAUCAUCUGGCCAGAACCAGAGCCGGGAUCUGGAGAAGGUCUAUUUGCAACAAAUACCCCUGGUUUCUACCGCAAUCGACGACAAGACCUGUCAGUGGAAUACAGAGAUCUCUUACACAGAGUACCAACAAAGAAGAAUAAGGAUGAACAGUGAGAAAAAGAGAAGCAUCAGAUUGUGGAAAUUGUAUUAGAGGACUCUAAUUUAACAACAAAAAAGAUAACAUAAGGAGAUGUACAUUCUCUUUUCUUUUAUGUAUGACUAUUAUGGCUAACUAGAAGAAAUACACAUUGCAAUGUAAAAAAUGUAUGUUGAGAAAACAGCAGCAGAAAAUGAGACAGUGGAAGAUUUCUUGGAAAGAGGUGAAGCUUUCUGGGUACUUAUAUACCUCUCAUACUGCUCAGGUUGUAUGUUUUGAUACUCAUAUUUAUUACUGUUCUACAAAAUAUUUCCUGAUUUUUACCACUGCUCUGAAUAUGUUUAGUAACAGCCUUCAUAAUUUUUCAUUUAUUCUUAACGUAAAUUGUGGUGUUCAUCUUGAGGGAGGAGGGAGGGAGGAGAUCUAAAACAAAAAAGCACUGCACUUGUUGCAGCUUGUACUGCCCUGGUGAGGGCUACAAUUGCUGAACGGCUAACAAGUGCUCCAGCCAGUUUUCUGACUUUGGAUUAUGAUGCAGCAGGAAGUACAACGGACAUGAGCCCUUUGGUACUAACCAGUUGUGGUAUAGGGGAGGGUACAGCAACUGAUAGGUAAGUACUGCAGGGAAUACAAGAAGCAUGGGCCCUUUGGUACUAACCAGUUGUGGUAUAGGGGAGGGUACAACAAAUGAUAGAGAAGUACUGCAGGGAGUACAAGAAGCAUGGGCCCUUUUGGUACUAACCAGUUGUGGCAUAGGGGAGGGUACAGCUACUGAUAGGCAAGUAUUGUAGGGAGUACAAGGGGCAUGGGCCCUUUUGGUACUAACCAGUUGUGGCAUAGGGAAGGAGAGGGGAAGAGUUCAGCUACUGACAGGUGAUACUGCAGGCAGUAAAAGGGGCAUGGGCACAGAGACACUAACCAACUCCGGAAAGGGAACAGCUACUGACAGAUAAUACUGUAGGAAGUACGUGAGGCAUAGGCCCAGUGACACUAAAUACCUUUUCAAGAUGGAGGACUACAGAUACAAACAUGUGAUACUUCUGGGAGUACAUAGGGCACAGGCCCAGUGACACUAAUUAACUCCAGCAGAUGGAAAGGUACAGCUAUGAACUAGUGAUCUUUUUUUCGCACCUGCCAUAUAAAUGGGGGGGGCUCACUGUCCUAUAAUCUGUACCUCUUCCUCCUUAUAUAAAACAUUUCAUGUGUAUCACUAAUAAUUCCUCCUGAGCACCUAAGAGCCAUUUGGUUUAUUUUUGAAAAUAUUUCCCUUCUUUUGAUGUUUGUCUAAGGCAUGUACCCACUUCCCCCCAAUUCAGUGCACAAUCCCACGUAGCCACCCACUGAUAACUCCCAUUUAGACACUUCUCACUCAUAAGUGUGCAUCUGUGACUGUGUUUAUAAAACCACACACAUGUAUACAAUAGACGUAAGAUCAGAUACCUGUCACUCAAGUGUGGUUUAUAAAACUACAUAAAUGUAUACAGUAGGGGCAAGAUCAGAUACCCGUCACUCAUACAUGUGCAUCUGUGAGUGUGCUUAUAGAACCAUAUAAAUGUAAACAGAAGUGAUAAGAUCAGAUACCUAUUACAUGUGCAUCUGAGUGUGUUUAUAAAACAACAUAAAUGUAUACAUUAGGGUAAGAUCAGAUACCUAUUACAUGUGCAUCUGAGUGUGUUUAUAAAACCACAUAAAUGUAUACAUUAGGGUAAGAUCAGAUACCUAUUACAUGUGCAUCUGAGUGUGUUUAUAAAACCACAUAAAUGUAUACAUUAGGGUAAGAUCAGAUACCUAUUACAUGUGCAUCUGAGUGUGUUUAUAAAACCACAUAAAUGUAUACAUUAGGGUAAGAUCAGAUACCUAUUACAUGUACAUCUGAGUGUGUUUAUAAAACCACAUAAAUGUAUACAUUAGGGUAAGAUCAGAUACCUAUUACAUGUACAUCUGAGUGUGUUUAUAAAACCACAUAAAUGUAUACAUUAGGGUAAGAUCAGAUACUUAUUACAUGUCCAUCUGAGUGUGUUUAUAAAACCACAUAAAUGUAUACAUUAGGGUAAGAUCAGAUACCUAUUACAUGUGCAUCUGAGUGUGUUUAUAAAACCACAUAAAUGUACACAUUAGGGUAAGAUCAGAUACCUAUUACAUGUGCAUCUGAGUGUGUUUAUAAAACCACAUAAAUGUAUACAUUAGGGUAAGAGCAGAUACCUAUUACAUGUGCAUCUGUGUGUGUUUAUAAAACCACAUGCAUACAUUAGGGUAAGAUCAGAUACCUAUUACAUGUGCAUCUGAGUGUGUUUAUAAAACCACAUAAAUGUAUACAUUAGGGUAAGAUCAGAUACCUGUUACAUGCGCAUCUGAAUGUGUUUAUAAAACCACAUAAAUGUAUACAUUAGGGUAAAAUCAGACACCUGUCAUUCAUAUUUGUGCAUCGAUGAAUGUGUUUACAGAACCACUUAAAGGUAUACAUUAGGGGUAAGAUCAGAUACCUGUCACUCAUAAGUGUGGUUUAUAAAACCACAUAAAUGUAUACAGUAAAGGUAAGAUCAGAUACCUAUCAUUCAUACUUGUGCAUUGAUUAAUGCGUUUAUAGAACCACAUAAAGGUAUACAGUAGGGGUAAUAUUGCAUACCUAUUAUUCACAUGUGAAUCUGUGUGUGUUAAUAAAACCACAUACACAUACAUCAUGGGGUAAGAUCACAUACCCAUCACAAAAUGCAUAUAUAUAUUAUAUAUACAUACAUAGAAGGGCUAAGACCAGAUAGCUGUCACAUAUGUGUAUACUGUAGAGGUAAGCUCAGAUACCUAUUACAUGUAUUUCUGUACUUUCAUUUAUAAAAAAAAAACAUAUACAGCAGGGCUAAGGUCAGAUACAUAUCACUCAUAUGUGUGCAUCCAUAAGUGUAUAUUUAUAAAACCACAUACACAUAUAAUAGGAGGGUAAGAUCAAAUACCUAUCACUCACAUGAAUGCACAUGUAAGUGCAUUUAUAAAACUGCAUACACAUUAAGACUAGCGGUAACAGAUUACUGAAUGUGAUAACACUUGACAUUCUACUGCCCAACAUACAACUAUGAUCAUUAUAUAGUUAGUGUAAUCAAGUUAUAUCACUUCUGACUUAUUCCAUGUGGAAAAUUCAGUCCAGGAUAUCUUCACAAACUAUAGUCAGUACUAACAUCGUGUAACUUCAUAAGUAUAAAAACUGCAGAACUGACCACUUCUUUUAUUAAAAAAAAAAAAAAAAAAACAUGCUGCAAAACAAGUUUCUCAAAUACAGAUAUUUGAAAAAUAAACAUGUCACUAGCUACACAUACUGAAAAACAUUGAAGUUAGUUGAAGUCACAACAGUAAGUUGGUGAUAAUAAAUCUUUACAGUUAUUGC